AUGUGUCUCGCUCUUACUACAUCCGUUCCAUGGCCAAAUAGUCUUCCAUCUGGCCGGACCUUGACGGGAAAGAUGUUAACUACCAAAUCAUCCACGACCAUAUAUCUGAUCCAGGCCAACGACGGUGGAGACGCAGGCCCUGUCUCUGUCACCGUAACCGUUGAGCCACGACACACAAAAUACAACUGUGAUUCUGUUUACACAAAUGUUUACAACAAUGACGAAGCUGAGCAUACAGUCAUAGUCUCUCUUCAUUACAAGAUGAGCGACAGAAUACCUCAAGAAUGCACCAUCAGCGUCGGAGGAGAUGAGUCAACGCAGGUCUCCUAUACAGCUGGCGGGACGGAUGAGAUGCUCACAGAAACGUCCGCUGAUAUUCCUAUGAUCAUCACGGGUGGCUUAGAGUAUCUCACCGGAAGCCCAUCAACCUCGGUUGCUGCCAGUGUUACUUCCGAUCCCCUGACUGAGAAGGGAAUGCAAAGCAACCCAACCGACGUUGAUAUCACAAGUCAUACGAACAAGCCCACAUCUACACCAAGUCCCACGAUUUCUGUAAGCGAGUCUGAGCCUAUAUAA